AUGAAAACGAUCCUCGUACUUCUAUUAAUUGGACUGAUUGAGGCUCAACUUGGCUUCAACAGUGUCUUUACUCCGAAUUCUCCAUGGCCAGCUAUCGACAAUGUGCCGAACAUCGCGAAACUUGACAACAAUUUCGUUGACACUGAGAAAAGUGAGGAAAGAGAGGAAAGGGGAUUGAUCGACAAUGACGAAGAUGAAGAAGCUGUUGAUGGUUAUGAAGAGGGAGUUGAAGAGGAGGAACCAUAUGACGAAAAUGCGCCUAAACAUCGCGGCGCAUCGGUGCAGUUUUUCCACGCCGAGCCAGUGCAUGGAUCAGUGGCUUUAUUGGCGAAUGAUACAAAAGUGAAAAAAGUGUUGAGACUCGUUCGACGAGAAGGAAAGCAAUUGACUCCAGCUAAAUUACCUAAAAAUCCAACCACAAAUCCUCCAGUUGUUCGACCGAGCCUUCCUGUAUCUCAACAACCACGGCCUCUCCAACCCCAAUAUUACCAGCCAAUUCAACAACCAGCUCAGCCCCAAUAUUACUAUCAACCACAACAACCAUAUUAUCAACCACAAUACCAAGCCUAUCAACCAUAUUAUCAGCAAACACAAGCUCUGGCCUACUCUCCGUAUGGUGUUCAACAAGCCGCUCAGCAAGCCGCUCAACCCACUUAUUCCUCCAAUCCGGGAUAUCAAUAUCCAUAUUAUUACCAAGGGAAA